AUGGCCUCCCAGUCGGACCCGAAUGCCACCUCCCUGGCGCUGCGGGGGCCAGCGUCCGUCAUCGGCGGCGGCAGUCACAGCCGCCACCUCCAUCACACGCACUCGCGGGCGGCCUCUUCCCACAUCUCGUCACGCUCCCGCCGCUACAACCGCUCCCAUGCCGGCGGCGGCGCCUACACUCCACAGAACGAGUUCCCCGUAUUCAGCCACUCGGGCGACGUCGAGAUUCUGGUCAAGGUCGCAAGCGGCCAUGAGAAUCGCUACCUGCUGCACAGGCAUACCCUCACCCGCUGCUCGGGGUUUUUCGAGGCGAGCACCAGCCAUGAGUGGUCCCGCGCGCAACAGCUGCCCGGACAUUCACCGCCAGCGACCGCAGGAGCUAUAGAGGGAGGGCCGGCGAACAACGACGACCGCGAUAAUCAGCUGGCAAGGUUGGGGGAUGGAAGAAAGCAUAGUAGCGACGGGGAGGACAGGCCAUCGCCGCCGGCUGCAGGAUUCCCGAAGCGGAGGUGGAGAUACGAGCUCGAUCCCGGCACCGGGGAGGGCGACAUACCAAUGCUUGUCCAGAAGGAAGAGAGCAGCAGCAGCGCAUACACAGCAGCUGCAGGCCUUACACCAUCAAGCUCCAUAUUCGGUGGGCCACCCCCCGUAUCGACGAGCCGGACCAAGUCAUCGUCCGCAGCCUAUAGCCCGCAUUCCUUCUUCCGCUCCGUCGCCAAUCUCAGCCUCAUACCGUCGUCCCAUAACCAGCAUUCCCUCCCGCCGCCCACCCAUGCCGAGCAGGACCUCCUCCGGGACUACGACAACCUCUUCCGCAUCAUGUACAACUACCCCCCCAUCCUGGACGGCAUCAACAUCGCCGACGCGUACGUCCAGUGCAAGUCCCUCCUCACGCUCGCCGACCAGUACGACGCGCUAGCCGUCGCCGGCCCGCGCGUCGACCACCACCUGCUCCAGUUCCAGGGCCAGCUGUGGAAGCAGAUAGCAAAGUACCCGAUCAGCUACCUCCGGCUGGGCUACCUCGCCCGCAGCAAGAUCAUCUUCCAGGAGGCCCUCAUCCACGUGGUCGGGCAGUGGCCGGCCGGCGAGCGCAGCCUGCGGGCCGCGCUGCCCGAGUCGGUCCUCGACCUGAUCGAGGACAAGGUGGACGAGCUCGAGGAGACGGUCUCGCGCGUCGAGGCCCGCCUCUUCCGCCUCGCCCUCACCACGCGCUCCGGCGAGCGCGUCUCCCCCGCGACCGGCUACCUCGACUGGCUCGCCCUCAGCCUGUUCCGCCAGUGGCUCGCCGACAACACCGCGGCUCCCUCUGCUGCCGGACCCGCCGCCGCGCCGGAGAGGCGCUUCGGCGCCGCCAACGGCAACGGAAACAGCGGUGGCGGGCGGUCGGGACGGCACCCACCAUCUGCGCCUUGGUCGGCGUCAGCGUCGGCGGGGGUGCUGUUGUCGCCGCUCGCCAGCCUCGGGAGGACGUACCGCACGCUGGGGUCGGGCUCGGGGGCCGGGUACCUCGGGCACGACGAGUGCAAGCGCUUCCUGAAGCUGACGCCCGACCUGUACAGCCGCGACAACCUGCGGCGGUUCGAGAAGCGCGUCGACGAGCUCAAGGCCAUGGCGCGCGAGGUCGUGCGCCCGCUCACCGGCAGCCGGCUGGAGCUGCUGGAGUCGGCUCCCGCCGGUGGUGGUGGUGGUGGUGGCGGGGCGGGGGACGCGAGGGGUCUGGCGGAUGGGAUUGGGUACUUGACCUGUACGACCAUUGGGGAUAGGGAUCUCCCUUGGAUGAUUUAUCAGUGA